CCUCUCUGCGGUGAAUGGCGGCGGGAUGGAGCACGAGGGGAGCGGCGACAGCGGGGGGUCGGCUGGGCUCCUGCAGCAGAUCCUCAGCCUGAAGCUCGUGCCGCGCGUGGGCAACGGGACCUUGUGCCCUAACUCCACUUCUCUCUGCUCCUUCCCAGAGAUGUGGUAUGGUGUGUUCCUGUGGGCACUGGUGUCCUCUCUCUUCUUUCAUGUCCCUGCUGGAUUACUGGCCCUCUUCACCCUCAGACAUCACAAAUAUGGUGCAGCAAUUGCUGGAGUGUACCGAGCAGCAGGAAAGGAAAUGAUUCCAUUUGAAGCCCUCACCUUGGGCACCGGACAGACAUUUUGUGUAGUGGUGGUCUCCUUUUUACGGAUUUUAGCUACUCUGUAGCACAUACCCUUGUGCUAUGAUGGUGAACCUAAGUUUCAUAGAAUCCUCAAAAAGAAUACAGUAUGGAAUGUGUUUUCUUAGUUCUUCAAACGGGAAGCAACUUGGAUGAAAAGGUAUAUGAAGAACAACAUUUCAGUCCUUUCUUCAAUUUGAAGCUCCAGGAAUUAAAGAUCUUUUUGGACUCAUUGUUCUCAACCAAAACAAAUCAACUUUCUUUUCUUUCUUUCUUUUUUCUACAUAUUUAAUUCAGGCAGUUUUACGGGUGUACCUUUACGCAAGCCAGGUCAGCAGUGCUUCUGGGUUGGCAUCCUUCAUACUGAAAUUUAUAAUGUUCUGUGAGAAAAUGCAACGUUGCAUAUUUCAGAGAAAUUAUGGAUCAUAUUAGUUUAUUUCUGAGCAGAGUAUACUGUACUAAAAUCUAACGAUCUAAUCUUGAGUAAAAUUUGGCAAACUCAUCUCUUGCUACAUCUUCAUGACAGUAAGUGCCAAGUAGGUGUUGGUUGAAUGUCGUGUUGAGAACAAAUUUGGUGAAAUCUGUUGCACACAAAAAAAUCUAUAACUCAAGUAGUGGCUUCGAUUCCUUUGUUUAAAGAAAAAGGAGCUAACUACUGAAUGAUGUGACAUUUUUAUGGAUAACUAUCUUGACUUCUGAUUAUUUAAUAUAUUUUAAGAGAUGUGAAUUUGUUUUUUGGUACAUUUUAUCAAAAUAAGCUAGGUAAUUGAGACUUUUUCCCCUAAAGCUCCUGUACCACCUC